AUGAAACGCCUUGCCGAGUCGGAUGAGACGGCUGAGCUGUUGAUGAUUUCUCCACCAGAGGACCUGGUCCCCUGCUUCGUCUGCAAGGAGAUUCUGGGCAAGCAGAUCCAGGUGGAAAGGGUCGGCCAGCUGCUUGAGCAUCUUUCCGCCUUGGUGGGAACCUCCAACGGGAAAACCACCUGCAUGGCCAAUUUUCAAUCUUCGUCGCCUGAUGCAGUGAGACCGACCAAAGGGCACGUCCACAUCUGUAUGCUCAAUUUUCUGAGUGAGCGAGGAUAUGGUUUCGAGGUGACGGUGUCUGAUUGUGUGCCCUUUGCUCAAGACAUCCUGUCUGGACGUUGUUCUCAGAUGCUGGAGAUUGAAACCCUCGAGGGCAAGGAUGACGAUGCUUUGAAACCUCGCGAUAAGAUGUUUUUGGGCUAUGGAGCCGGAGGUGCAUUUGUGAACAGUUUGAUGCUGGGCAGCCUCGGCCUCAUCGCCUUGGUCUGCUUGACCUUCUCUGCGAAGACGAAAGAGUUGCCGGCAUCCGUGACUGAGAUCCUGUCGCAGGUGCCCGUUGUUUGCCCCACAAGAGGCCAGGGGCAGACACCGCAGGAUCGCACUGUGAAUGCACUGCACAAGACGUUGAAGGCGUCGCAGUACAACCGGCGCCUGAACCUUGUCAUGAUUGCUUCCACGCUACGAAGAUCCUUGGAAGCCAGGCUUGCCAAGAUCUCGCCUGACAAGGACACCGACUUGGCUUCGGACUCCAUCAUGCGUGAGAUCAAGGCCAUCAUUAAGGCCUUCAACAACAAAGCCUCGUUCAUGCCGAGGUCUCAGAUCAAAGCGCGGAGUGAAUGGGCCCUGCGACACGCCCUUUCCGACAAGCAUAUGCCUGAGGAGGUUUGGCAUCGGGUCCUGCAAGUCUCCCGUUCCGCUUACUGGAACGACCACCUCCUGGAGACUCGCGGCUUCUUCGUGGGUUUGAGUGCGUCCAGCCCUCAGACUUUGUUUCCUCAAAUCUCCUCUCCUGAUGUAUGCUUUCUGUCUGACGAUUGUGUGAUGCCCUCUGCUCGUUUGGCAAAUAUCAGGCGUGACGUGGCACACGAAGAGAUGGAACAAUUGUACAAGGCCACGACUGAGACCGCCCUGUACAUCCUGCAGAAAAUUCAGUCGGGACGUGUGCCGGGCUGCGACUUGGACAAGCCCAUCGCGAACAGCCUGAUCUCCAGCUUCGUCGCCAGAGUUUGCAUUGUCUUCAGCAUUGCGAGGACAGUGCUGGAUCCGAUUUCCACUGACUUCGGAGAGAAGCUCUUGGAGAACUUCGAGGCCGGUCGCCUGAGUGCUCGCCUGGACGAAAUGGCCGCCAUGCCUGUCAGAGAGGACUACAACCACAAGUCCGAUGCUGCCACCGUCGUUGGCAAGUACAUCCCCUUGGUUGAUGAGAUGCUGACAGGUAAGAAACAAGAGGAGAUGGCUGAGGUUGAAGAAGCGAAAAAGGAGCAAGAUGCCGCGGAACAUGAAGCUGUGCAAGAGGCUGAGGAAAAGCUCUGCCUGGCGAACCUGAAGCAUGAUUGGGAAAUCUACGAGGCUUGGCACUGUACGUUUGCCGUGACCAUGGAUGACUGGAGAGAUAGCCAGAAAAACUGGCAGAAGGAACGCCACAACAUAUUGUGGAAGGAGGCCGGGCGGCGGCUAAACUCUCUGGCCACUGUGGACCACCUCAGCAAGGAAUGCUAUGCCACGAGGGUGCCCUCGCAGGUCCGAGGACUCUUCUCGAAAAAAAUGGCCGAUGCUGCCGUGCUUGUCGUGGCUGACCUACAAGGGCACGCACCGCAUGCCGACCUGGAACGCACGCUGUGCGACACCAUGGCAGGCCUGCCUGAAGCGGCGAAACUUCUGCUGUUCACGGAUGUGCCGCUCUGCCGACACAAGACCGAGAAGGCUACAGACCUUUGCAGGCUCUGA